AUGUCUUCAGUUUUCUCUGUCAUUGUUUUAAGUGUCUGUUCGGUUGCAGUCAUCGGUGGUACAGAUUUACAACAAUUAACUAAAAAUCUGAUGAAAUCACGUCAAAAUGAAGUGCAAAGUAAUGAAGAAGUGGUGGUAUUGGAGGGCAUCGGAAGUAUUGGCGCAACCAUUGUGUCCGUGAGAAGAGGCAAGAGUUCAGUCACUGUUACCAAUGCCUAUGGUUUGGGUGCCGGCGCUGUCCUCGACAUCACCAAAGAGAGGAAUGGUAUCCAAAGACAAGUGGAUGAGAGCCAGAGAUUGAAACAAUUGACUCAACCUUUAUAUGACAAAUACGUGAAAUCAGUUGAGGAGAAGAAGUCGAGCGAAGAAGACAUUGUGGUUGUCAUCGAAGGCGGGAAAGCGGGGGAAGAGGUGAUCGCCACCAAAGAGGGUUAUCUCACAGCUAAAGGCGCCUUGAUGGCAAUGUCGGGCACUUCAAUCCCCAUAAUAACAGACGACUACCCGGCCUCCUAUGACCGCCACAACAACUUCUUGAACCCUCCGAGUCAGAGGACUACUCGCAGUCUGAAUCCAGUCAUUGUCUUUAGGAAGGAGUUGUACCAUAAGUCCAACAAACAGUCGGCCGUCAAGUGUUUAAACACGAUAGACAUCUUCAAGAAGUACUCGUCGUUUCCGAUGGACGUGAACGUCGAGGAGAUGGAGCUCUUGCAGCUGCCGGCCAUCACUGUCUGCAACAACAAUGUAGUGAAGAGAGAGCUGUUGUUCGAGAAGUUCCCGAAUCUCCGCAAAGAGACCAAUAAUUCGGUAAUCAAUGAGAGGAAGAGUUUUCACAGUUUUAAGAGAUUAGUUGUGAAAAUAGAUGAA